AUGCACAACUUCUCUGCUCCCAUUAAAGAUAGGAUUUUAAUGAAUGAGCUUGGUGGCCUCCUUUUGAUUGAACGAUCACAUUCAAGUCUCUCCAAGUCUUCCCAGAGGGUAAUCAAGGCCCUCCGUGAACUGAUGAGUACAGUGUACUCGCCGUCACAAAGAGGGUAUCAUGUUUUGGUCGACGCAAUCAACUGUCUGAAAAAGCUACUUGCCGAAAUAGACAGUGCGGUGGACAUUGUGUUAAUCACCUACAUGUGGUUUUGUGAAGUUGCGCUUGGAUUUAUCGAGUGUCUCCAACAGUACAACAGCCUUACAUUGGCAAUCCUAGCGCAUUACUGUGUUGCUCUUCAUCGGCUCCGAACGCACUGGUGGAUAUCAUCAUGGGGUGAGCGCACACUUGAUGUCAUUGUAAAGAGUCUAAGUCCAAAUUGGCAGCCUUCUAUAGCUUGA